AUGGAGAAAGCCAUCUCUUUGUCCUUGUUACGAAGGAAGAGGUUUCAAGAGGAUGUCUUAUCCUCCUGUGAAUCAGUUGAAGAAAUAGCUUGUGGUGCAUAUCACGUGGCAGUUUUAACAUCUAGGAAUGAAGUUUAUACGUGGGGCAAAGGUGCUAAUGGGAGGUUGGGUCAUGGAGAUAUUGAAGAUCGAAAAACAGCAACAUUGGUUGAUGCUUUAAAGGAUAGACAUGUUAAGUAUAUUGCUUGUGGUUCAAACUAUACUGCAGCUAUAUGUCUUCAUAAAUGGGUGUCUGGUGCUGAGCAAUCUCAGUGUUCAGCCUGUAGGCAGGCAUUUGGGUUUACCAGAAAGAGGCAUAACUGCUAUAAUUGUGGACUUGUGCAUUGUCAUGCAUGCAGUUCCAGAAAAGCAAUAAGAGCUGCAUUGGCUCCAAAUCCUGGGAAACCAUAUCGUGUAUGUGAUUCCUGUUUUGCUAAACUGAACAAAGUGUCAGAAGCUGGUAACAACAGGAAGAAUGCUGUGCCACGCCUUUCAGGUGAGAACAAAGACAGGUUGGACAAGGCUGAGAUAAGGUUGUCCAAGUCAGCACUGCCUUCUAAUUUGGAUUUGAUUAAGCAGUUGGAUAGCAAAGCAGCUAGACAGGGAAAGAAGGCUGACACUUUCUCCCUUGUUCGCACAUCUCAAGCACCUUCUUUGCUACAGUUGAAAGAUGUUGUUUUGUCUACUGCUAUAGAUUUGCAACGAACAGGUCCUAAGCCCGUGCUGACACCAUCUGGAGUAAGUUCCAGAUCUGUUUCACCUUUUUCAAGGAGACCUAGUCCUCCUCGUUCUGCUACCCCAGUCCCCACAACUUCAGGACUCUCUUUUUCCAAAAGUAUAACAGAUAGUCUGAAGAAAACAAAUGAACUUCUGAAUCAAGAGGUGCUGAAAUUGCGUGGACAGGUUGAGAGCCUCAGACAGAAGUGUGAGCUUCAAGAAUUGGAGCUUCAGAAGUCAGCAAAGAAAGUGCAGGAAGCUAUGGUCCUAGCCGCGGAGGAGUCUGCUAAAUCAAAAGCUGCAAAAGAAGUUAUAAAGUCACUUACAUCACAGCUCAAGGAUAUGGCUGAGAGGCUGCCACCUGGGGUUUAUGAUAAUGAUAGCAUAAGACCCAUUUACCUACCCAAUGGCUUAGAGCCCAAUGGUAUUCAUUUCCUGGAUUCAAAUGGAGAAAGACAUUCAAGGUCUGAUUCAAUCAGCAGUUCUUUUCUUUCUUCGCCCACAGGAAUGGACUCUGCUUCACUAAAUGGAACUCGAGGUAGCCACCAAAUGCUUAAGGAUCCGCCUGGUGCCAAUGGAACAGAUGAUCAUCCAGAUGUGAGACUUCAAAAUGGCAGUGGUGUGCUUCAAGCGAGCAGUAGUAGUCUAUCACAUGCUGCUGAGGGAAAGGAAUCUGUACCUUUCCAAGAUGGCGAGAAUGGUUUGAAAGCUAGGAGUUCCACACUGACUGUAAACAGCAAUCAAGUAGAGGCUGAGUGGAUUGAACAGUAUGAGCCUGGUGUAUAUAUAACUCUCGUGGCCCUACGAGAUGGAACUAGAGAUCUCAAGCGAGUGCGCUUCAGCCGAAGAAGAUUUGGGGAGCACCAAGCAGAGACUUGGUGGUCAGAGAAUAGGGAAAAGGUGUAUGAAAGGUACAAUGUUCGUGGGUCAGAUAGAACUUCCGCGUCUUCUCAGGCAGCUCGCAGAUCCGAAGGAGCCCUCUCCCCUUCCCAAGUGUAGCAAGAAAGUGUAGAUGUGUUCGUCACUUAGCUCAUUUUGUACUAAUGAUCAUGAAGGAUCCAAGCACACGGCAGCGUCUAGUUUAAGGCAGAAAAACUUCCCAUCCCCUCCCCCAUCAAUUUUUCUUUUUUAAUUUCUUUCUGGGUUCUAUUGUUAUCGCCCCCGCCCCCCCUCAUUUUUUCAGUACCCCUUCCUGAUGGUUAUUAAUUUAUUUCGUUUCUUCUAUUCAAUCUCUGGGUAACGCCCUUCUUACAUAUCUGUUGUAUCGUAGUGUAUAUAAAAUCCUCAACUUUGAGAUAA